GUUUACUUUUGAGGUAAACAAACAGAUGGGCGGCCGCCAUUUGCGAGUCCACGAAGACUUCCUCCCUCGAUAUCUUUGCCGAGAGAAUCAACUUUACUACCUCCUGUAACAAAUUAUCACCCUCAUUUACGUAGCUAUGAAUGGCUCGAUAAAGUGGUCUGUCGAGUCUACCCGGGAGUUCAUUCAGCUUAGAUAUAAGCUUCGGCAUCAUUUCAAUGGACGCAAACAUCAAUGUGAGAAGGCAUAUAGUCGGAUUGUCGACGAGCUUGGACUGACGAGUGUUAUAACGCCUACACAGGCUAGGAAAAAAUGGUCCAAUCUUAUGCAAAAAUAUAUGGACAUUAAAAGUGGCUGUUCAACAGCAAAUGUGGACUGGCCAUACUUUCAAAUACUUGACCAAAUAGUUCCUCUCAUACGAAAAGAGAAGAUUGAAAAAGUACAAAUAUCAAGUCUAGACGAACAAGACCUCGAUGCACCUCAAGAAAGUCUUCCCAGUCCUCUAACAAGCACUAUUGUUCCUGAACAAGAUCCUCUGUCAGUGGCCUCCAAUCCUUUAUCAGUGGCGUCUGUUAAUGCGGUCAUGGUGUCCGCCCAGUCAUCCACAUCGGUAGAUGGCAAAUGCAAAACUGAGGCUGUUGAUGGUGAGCCACCUCGCAAGAGGGGAAGAGGUCGUCGUACAGCUCAGCGUGCAAGAGACAGGUGGUGGGGUGCGGUAGAAGAUGUGGAUAUUGGUUCAGAUUCAACAGGGUUAACCAUACGAGAUCAAGGAACUCACCAGAGCUCAUCCAAAUCCUCCACAGCUGAUAAGCUAGAUCCUUCUCAAAUGGAAAUCCAAACUUUUCACAUGCUAGAGUCUUGUUCUUCAGCACUAACAGAAAUCCGUGAGAUACUUAGAUUAAAUACUGAACGACAGGAAACGUUAAUACAGAGCCUUCAGCAGACAGUGGUGAGCCAAGGCAACACUGUGAAGGAGCUGCUCUCUACCAUGACUACUCAGAACGCAACUCUGAUUGCUCUCAUGACGCAGUUCACCACUAGAAAUUCUCGGUCAACUUUAGGAAUGACAACAAAUGGUGAUUUUGACGAUGCAAAACACACAAGAGAUCAGAGGACUCACAACCACCAAGAACAUCUCCUGACCUCUCAGCAAAACUUAAUCAAUGCGUUAUCUCGGGAGACUCAAGAUUGUGAAAAUUCACUUGUGGAAACAUCAGAAUUAGCAGAUGACAUGACCGGGUUAUAGGUAGGCUAUGGUAAAAAAAAAUACCAUAAAUAAAAAAAUAACACCAGAUAUUGAAUUUUUGUGUAAUAUCAUAAGUACGAUUUUAUACAGUCACAAUUUUGCAUGUUGUCUUUCCUCAAAUGUUGUAGUAAUGGAUCAUCUUUUUAAACUCGGUAGUCCAAGAUUCAAUGUCAAAUCAGUUAAAGGAGAAUUCUAAAUAGUGAUUUUGUUGUAAAUACAGCAUUUGCCUUUUUUUUUUCUUAAUAAUAAUGCUUACAGAUUUGUGAAUUGAGCAUGACAAGCUAUAAGAAUACUUUGGAGAAGUUUUGAGCAACCCUUAAGCUGCACAGGAUACUUACAAGAGCAAUAUAAUUAGUUAUCUUGAGAUGAUUUCGGGGCUUUAGCGUCCCCGCGGCCCAGUCCUCGACCAGGCCUCCACCCCCAGGAAGCAGCCUGUGACAGCUGACUAUCACCCAGGUACCUAUUUUACUGCUAGGUAACAGGGGCAUAGGGUGGAAGAAACUCUACCCAUUGUUUCUCACCGGCGCCUGGGAUCGAACCCAGGACCACAGGAUCACAAGUCCAGCGUGCUGUCCGCUCGGCCGACCGGCUCCCGGUCUGCCCUGCCCGGUCUGCCCUGCCCGGUCUGCCCUGUCAGCAUAUUGUCCUGUUUAGAUAAUAUUUAUGGUAACAAUUUGGACCAUCUUACAUAUAUUGAUGUAAUGGACAGUUACAAAGCAGAAUUUGGACAAACUGGAAAAGGUUUUGUAGUAAUUUUUAAGAUGGUAUACCAUUAACUCACAAAGAUACAAGCAGAAGAAGAAUGAAUGUUUGGCUGAAAAAGCAGGUAAACAAAGGGAAUAUCAUUUUAGAUCAAGAGAGCAGUAACUCUACCAGCAAAAGCAGUAGAGUUAGGUUACCAGCAAAAGCAGUAGAGUUAGGUUACCAGCAAAAGCAGUAGAGUUAGGUUACCAGCAAAAGCAGUAGAGUUAGGUUAC